AUGUUAUCACUGCUGGAGAGACGGACGUGUAAAGAUGAACUAAACCUGAGCGGUUUUAAAGUGUUUUCUUGUGUUUUUUUUUUUUUUUUCCUUCUUGAAUGCAGGAAAGCCAUCUCCAGAUCAGGCCUCCAUUACCUCGGCCCGCCUCAGCCUUCGCUCCCUCCGGCGUCCAACGGACCAAACAAGGAUCUGCGAACCUGCGUGGACUGGACGGAAAACGCAGGGAACGGAGAUCACUUAUGGACGGAGACGAGUUGUUCGGGAGAGCUGUGCUACCUCGGGGAGGACGCGUGUCUCCUGAAGACUGCGAAGUCGGCCCCCAGGAGGAAAUGCGCCGCCUGCAAGAUAGUAGUCCACACCGGCUGCAUAGAGCAGCUAGAAAAGAUUAACUUCAGAUGCAAGCCGACCUUCAAGGAGGGAGGGUCCCGAUGCCUCAGAGACAACGUACUGAGACACCACUGGGUCCACAGGCGGCGGCAGGAGGGGAAAUGUAAACAGUGUGGGAAGAGUUUUCAGCAGAAGUUCUUCCACAGUAAAGAAAUAAUCGCCAUCAGUUGUUCUUGGUGUAAACAGGCGUUCCACAACAAGGUGACGUGCUUCAUGCUGCACCAGAUCGAGGAGCCGUGUUCGCUGGGGGCCCACGCCGGAGUCAUCGUCCCUCCCUCCUGGAUCAUCAAAGUCAGGAAACCACAGAGCUCGCUGAAGAACUCGGCCAGGAGGAAAAAACGGACGUCUUUCAAACGUAGGGCGAGCAAGAAAGGACUGGAAGACUCUAAAUGGCGUCCGUUCAUUUUGAAACCGCUUCCUUCUCCCCUCAUGAAACCCGUCUUGGUUUUUGUCAAUCCCAAGAGCGGAGGCAACCAGGGUGCCAAGCUGCUGCACAUGUUCAUGUGGAUCUUAAACCCCAGACAAGUGUUCGACUUGUCACAAGGUGGACUAAGAGAAGCGUUGGAAUUGUAUCGCAAAGUGCCAAACCUGCGGAUCCUGGCCUGCGGUGGAGACGGCACAGUGGGGUGGAUCCUCUCCGCUCUCGAUGAGCUGCAGAUGAAUCCCCAGCCUCCGGUCGCUGUACUUCCUCUGGGAACAGGAAAUGACCUCGCCAGGACGCUCAACUGGGGCGGGGGUUACACGGACGAGCCCGUGUCGAAGGUUUUGUGUCACGUUGAGGACGGUUCGGUGGUGCAGCUCGACAGGUGGAACCUGCUGGUGGAGAAAACUGCGGUACAGCCAGAAGAAGGCACUCAGAAGCUCCCUCUGAAUGUUUUCAACAACUACUUCAGCCUCGGCUUCGACGCUCACGUCACGCUGGAGUUCCACGAGUCCAGAGAGGCCAACCCAGAGAAAUUCAACAGUCGCUUCCGCAACAAGAUGUUCUACGCCGGCGCUGCGUUCUCAGAUUUCCUCCAGAGAAGCUCCAGGGACUUGUCGAAGCACGUCAGAGUGGUGUGCGACGGAACGGAUCUAACGCCCAAAAUCCAGGAGCUCAAGUUUCAGUGCAUCGUGUUUUUAAACAUUCCCAGGUACUGUGCUGGCACCAUGCCGUGGGGAAACACCGGAGACCACCGAGACUUUGAGCCGCAGCGCCACGACGACGGCUGCAUCGAGGUCAUCGGCUUCACCAUGGCCUCUCUGGCGGCGCUACAGGUCGGCGGUCACGGUGAGAGGCUUCACCAGUGCAGAGAGGUCGUUCUCACCACUUACAAGACUGUACCUGUUCAGGUGGACGGCGAGCCGUGCCGACUGGCUCCUUCCACUCUGCGCAUCUCCCUGCGAAAUCAGGCCAACAUGGUCCAGAAGAGCAAGAGACGCACGUCGGUGCCGCUGCUGAACGAUAUUCAGAAGGUGUGUGCAGCUGAUCUGCGCCGCCUCUCUGCUCCCCCCGACUCCUUCUCUGUCCCUCAUGCGGUUCCGGACCGUCUGCGGCUGCGGGUGAACCGGAUCAGCCUGCAGGAGUACGACAGGCUGCAGUACGACAAGGAGCGACUGCGAGACAUCUCAAUCCCAGUAGGCAUUGUGGUUGUCAGGGGCGACUGCGACCUGGAGACCUGCAGACUUUACAUCGACAGACUACAAGAGGAUUUACACCAGGCGCCAUCUACUGGCCACAGAGUGCACUACCAGGAUGAAAUCAGAGGCGUUCCCAUAACCAGUUCAACCAGUAGACUGUCUCCUAACUGGAGCUUCCUGGACUCGACAUCAGCUGAUCGUUUCUAUCGCAUCGACAAAGCUCAGGAGCAUCUUCACUUUGUGACAGAAAUAUGUCAGGAUGAGGUUUUCAUCCUGGACCAUGAGGGACCGGUGGGGAGUCAGGCGUCGUCGGCUGGGAUGCCAGAUCUGGUGGUUGAACCUGCUGCAGGUGCUCCUCUGACACCUGAUGAACAAGCUCUUCUAACCGCUGCCAGUACUGGAGAUCUUCUACUGCUGAUGGAUGGCGUACGUCGAGGAGUCAGCUUGUUGGUGAGAGACUCCGGCGGUUGUUCUGCGUUACAUCUAGCUGCCCAGAACGGACACACAGAUCUGGUCAGCUUCAUCCUGCAGCAAGGUUCAAAAGUUCUCCUGGAUUUAACCGACAGAGACAAGGGGGAGACCGCCUUGCACAAAGCCGCCUCAGAGAAGCAGCAUGCAGUGUGUCGGAUGUUGGUGGAGGCCGGCGCUUCGCUGGAGAAGACAAACUUCCAGGGGAAGACGGCGGCCGACCAAGCAGCAGGAGACUCUGAGCUCGCCGUCUUCCUGAGCUCCCAGCAGCAGACGUCAUCCGGCACCAACGAAGACCUGGAGACCGCAGUCUGAGGCGCUGGCGCUCCGUCGCUCUCUCCCGCCGGACUCUGGAUUUGCACCGGUACGGAGCAGAGAGGAACCGGGAGGGGAGUGUCACACCUGUCCUGGAUUUCACUCCGCAGGUGCAGAGGCGAACCAGGAAACGAACUGCCUCCGAACGCGGCAGCAUUGCAGCAGAGAUUUUAACUCUCGACUAUUUAUUUAUAUUUAUUUAUUCUAUUUAUUGGUUGUGCUGGUUGAUUGACUUUUAACAAUUGCAAGUGCAAUUCGUCUUGUAAUGGAGUUGUUUUGGUCAUAUUUUGCAACUAUAUUAAGUCUGGAAAAUGAUCAGGAUUGCGAUCAAAGCAGAUUAUUUAUCCCAUAAACCUGUGUGCCAAAGACAUUACACUGUUGUGGUGUCAUAUCUAAUCCAAAUAACCACCGUCUCAUGAAUCCAGGUUGGAUCUGCAGGGCGUGAACUCAAACAUGUCUGUCACAUGCUGCUGAUGUUUUCACCUGAUGAGUCACAGCUCAUUAUGACACAGAAACCAAACUGCAGCGCUCUAUUUCUCCUAAACAAAGUUUUUCUGGGAAACAGUUUUACCAGAGAAGUUUAAAAAAAAUGUUUUAAACAAGGGCGUCCUGUAGGAUUUAACCUUCUCCUGUGAAUACGAGUCAAAACGGCCAUCUUGGAAACUUCCAGAUGGAACCACAGAGUUUGUUUUUGAAUGGAAAGUGGAGGCCACAUGUUUGAUGUGAAACAAUUACCACAAAUCUUCUCUGAAGCUAAACAACAAACUAACAAAACCAAACUGAAUGUAGCUCAUCUGUACCAGAACCCAGGUUUCAUUUUGUGUUGGUCGUCCUGUUUGUGCCGUCCGUCCGGUCUGGAGUCAAACCAACAUCACCAACACGACUGAACUUGUCAGUUUUUACGAACACGUCGACCUUUGACCCAGUUGUGUACAUGGAGGCAUUAAUAAGCUGAGCUCUUCUGUGACGUUAUAAACAGAAAUCAUCCACAUGUACAGACACCUUUGGUAAGAUGCUGAGAAAACCUUCAGAAAAAUUCACCUUUUAUUGCAGCGGCUUCAUUUUGCACUGGAAAAAAUCUGAAAUUCACAAAUUUAUUCAUUUCUCAAUAGGACUGCAGGUAUAAUAAAGCUGAUUUUUAUCCAUUUUAGUGUUUAUUUGGCAAUAAGUUUGGAUCGUUAUGCUACUAAGACACCCAGAUAUAAACCAUUUUCAGUUUUGCAGCAAAUUCUUAUUUAAAAAUGACAUGUUUCAAUAAUUUGUGUUUCUUGGGGCUUUCAGGAGAGAAACAUACUCUCUCUUUUUAAUUAACUUUACACAUUAGGUGGUUUUCCCACAUUCUGAACGUUUAUUUUAUAUUUCAGGUGAAAUCCUGAUAGAGUUUAGCAAACUCCAUAUGUGUCUUUUUGUGAUCUUGAUUUCCAAACCAGUGGAAAUCAAGAUAAGAAAUGCUUUGUUUGUUGAGGUCGGGCUGCUCUGUGCUCCUCACUCAUGACUGCCUGUAGAUUUGGACCAAGUUAAAAGCAUAAUUGUGUUUUUACGGCCAUGUCCUGACUUGCAACGAGCCACACACGCCUGAAUCACCUGAAUGGCAUGUUCUCCUUUCCUUCUCUGAUUUAUUAAACCGUAGAGAUUUAUUCAUCCCAAGUCUGGGAUGAAUAAAUACCAGCUUUUAUGCAUCCUACAUGUAUAUUACUACUGCUGCAAUAAAAGAUAAACGCUCUUACAGGUUAUUUUUAAACAUCUGUACCACGGCUGUCUGUAGGUGUUGAUUACAGCUUGAACUUUGGACCAGUAAUGCAAAAUUAAUCCCUUUUUUUGCCUGAAAUGUAAAUUUUCUAAAGUGUUGCUUGUUUUUUAACACCUUUUUUAAAAACUGAAAUAUAUUGGCUGUUCUGUUUCAACAAAACAUUCCUUGGGGUCAAAUUUGCUAUUUUCUUAGCAAAUCGUCUUUGCAAAUUCACCUGUCAGGGUGGAAAGGUGAGGAUAUGGCAGGUGAAAGUAUUUUCAAAAAGAAAAACAAUAUUUGAAAGUGCAGCAGCUGAGCUUUUUCUCAUGAUGGCAUUUUGAGGCCGUUGUAGAAAAAAAAAGAGCAAAUUUCCACU